AAUAGCACAUUGUCACAUGUUAAGUUACUUGGGAAAGGUCCUUCUCUCAAUCCCACCACCACUAGAAGCUCAUCUGGCAGGAAUGUAAGGGAGGACUUCCUUGGUGGUUGCAUUCAGCCAGUUUUCUGGGAUGUUGACAAUGCCUCCUUGAACCGUCUGGACCUUGAACGCAAAGUUGAGUCCCUGCAAGAAGAGAUUGCCUUCUUGAAGAAGCUUCAUGAAGAAGAAAUCCGUGAGCUUCAGGUUCAAAUCCAGGAUCAGCAUAUCCAGAUUGAUAUGGAUGUUGCCAAGCCAGAUCUUACUGCAGCUUUGCGGGAUGUGCGUCAACAGUAUGAAAGUGUUGCCGCCAAGAACCUCCAGGAAGCAGAAGAAUGGUACAAGUCCAAAUUUGCAGAUCUGUCUGAAGCAGCCACCCGGAACAAUGAUGCCUUGCGCCAAGCCAAACAAGAAGCAAAUGAAUACCGCAGGCAAAUUCAGACUCUAACCUGCGAAGUUGAUGCACUUAAAGGAACUAAUGAAUCCCUGGAACGCCAGAUGCGUGAGAUGGAGGAUAACUUUGCUGUCGAAGCUGCUAACUACCAAGACACUAUUGCCAACCUCCAAGAAGAAAUUCAGAACAUGAAGGAAGAAAUGGCUCGCCAUCUGCGCGAGUACCAAGACCUGCUGAAUGUCAAGAUGGCCCUUGAUAUUGAGAUUGCCACUUACAGGAAACUGCUGGAAGGAGAAGAGAGCAGAAUUUCAAUGCCUAUUCAGACUUUUGCUUCCAUGAAUCUGAGAGAAACAAACCUUGAGUCCAUCCCACUGGACACCCACUCAAAGAGAACACUCCUUAUCAAGACUGUUGAAACUAGAGAUGGACAAGUUAUCAACGAAACUUCUCACCAUGAUGAACUGGAGUGAAGAGAGAAUAGCACAACUUCUUGUGCAGAAAUGAACACUUACCAGCAAAACUAAAAAGAGCUUUCAAGUGCCUUUCUGCAGUUUAUCCAAAAGUACAAGAUGGAGAUGCUAGACAACUAGGUCUUAGAUCCUGAUGGUUUAGCAGAGCUUUUGAAAAGGGAGUUUAGUAAAAAAUAACAAUAUCCUGUACUGCAGUACUGUUUUUUAAGUUUCUGAAUUAAAUAAAAUUGCUUUUUUCAGCACAGUAUGAGUAACCUUUCACUACUUCAAUAAACAUUUGAGAAACUGC